GCGUACCAGUAACGCGCUUCGAACCAACAACCGUUCCUGGAGGCUCCAGCCCGUCUCAUCGUGCUCAAGGCUCAGUUACAAAGGGCGGUGUGCUGUUUACACGGACCGCCUUCCCGACGUCCACCGAGCCAACGAGAACCACUGAGCGCUUCCGGCCUGAGCAGACAGCUUUCCCCAGUUCCUUGUACGACGACCUAUCUUCCCCUCAACCCGUUCCUGACGUCACUAAUCCCGUGAAGAGGUACACGUCACACCUGCCACCACCGGAAGAAACAGGAGCCACCGCCGCUGCUACAGGCGGAGCCCAAAGCACCGACUCCGUCAAGCCACUGGACUCUGCUGUGCAGAGUCAGGAUGUUGAUGACAAGUUCAAGUCGACUGUUGGCAAGGAUGCCACCGGAACCACUGCUGCAGUCGGUAGUUUCCCCGCAACUAUUGUACAUGGUGCAGCAGUUCCUGUCGUCCCGGCCGUGCUACCAGAAGCUGGUCCAGUCGUAAUCGCCAAUGUUCCUGUUCAUCCAGUGAUCUCAACUGCGGAGCUCGGAACUGUUCAGCCCACCGCCACUGGAACGGUUCUGAAUGCUGAUGCAGGCAUCGGGGUGACGUCAUCCACCGGUAUACAAGGAGGAGCAGCGACUGCGGAAGGAACUGCUUCUCCCUCUACCAGUACUGUCGUGGCUGGAACAGAUCAUUCUACAACCAUCCCCGCUGUCGAAACCAAUCAUGGCGCAGCAGUCGACAGCACUGCGACUACAGCAGCCUCAGUGGCAGACGCUACGCACGCCUUGGCUGGUAGCGACGCCACAACCCAUGACGACGCGUCCUCUCCGACGGUCACUGCUAGUUCCGAGCUGCAUAACGGUGCUUCGAGCACAGGCGCACAGACGGAUGUCUCCACAUCCACUUCUGGCGUGAAUGUUGACAAUGAAAUGCACGCGAUGACGACGGUGAGCGGUGAUGCUGAGGUAACCGAGCAGGCUGCAUCAGAAGGCGCUACAUAUUCGCAGACACUUACACCAGACCCUGCUUCCGUUUCAAAGGAAGCUACUAGCACUUCGGGCCCAACAUAUGCCACCAGCACCGCAACAGAAAACGUCUCAGGUGCGACUUCCAGUCACACAGCACAACCGGGCGCCAACGGAUCCUCUGAACAUUCCUCUGAAACAGAUGCCAGUAGCGUGCCUGUGCGCCAGAGUGACUCUACUGCGGACACCGGAAAAAAAGUCAGUGAUUGCGCUUAUGCCGGUAUGCACGCCGAUGCUCCUGGCCCUGCAUCGGCUGCCACUGACUCCUCUGCAACAAUCCCCGUCGAUUCUAAGCAAGGUCCGACUACUGGCGACGCAGGCUCUGCAGCUACUUCCGCUGAAGUUGCCCCCGCAAAGGCUUCUGUUGAUUCAGCACCAGUGACGGGCUUCGGUGAUGCUUUCCCAGCAGCGUCUAAUGGUGACGCUACAUCAGCCACGGCUCCAGGUGGUGAUGCCACAGCCACAACUUCGGCCGCCGCCACCCUUGCACCUGCUUCCAGCGAUGAUACUCCGGCAUCGCCGUCCGUAACAGCAACACCAUCCGGUGAAGCUGCACCAGGCAUGGCUUCUUCCGAUGCUGCUCCUGCUGUGGCAUCCGGAGAGGUCGCCCCUGUCGCACCUUCUGGUGAUUCUUCCCCUGUGGCGGCUUCUGGUGACGCUGCCACCCAAAUGCCAGCCGGUGAUGCUACACCAGUAACGGCUUUCGCUGAUGCUGCCCCCCCUGCAGUGUCUUCCGGUGACGCUGCUUCAGCAACGGCUCUAGGUGAUACUGCCACUUCCACCACUACUGAUGACGCCACCCCUGUACCACCUUCCAGUGACGCUACCCCCGCCCCGCCAUCCGGUGAUGCUGCCGCAACCACUACCAAUGAUGAAACUCACACACCUGCUUCGAGAGAUGCUGUCAGUGCACCCGCUUCCAGCGAAUCUGCCCUCGCCAGUGGUUCUAGUGACUCCACUCCUGCAACUGCAACAGGGAACUCAGCUUUUGCAACUGAUCUUGGUGAGGCUAGCUCAGUAGCUACAACCGGUGACUCGGCGUCUUCCACCACCGCCGAGAAUUCGGUCUCGGCAGCAGCUUCUGGUGACUCUGCUCUCGGAAGCGACCUUACUAGUACACCUCAUGUUACUACAGGAAGCAUGUCUGCUGUUGGGCACGAUGAGUCACUGCCCCAAACCACGGGGCCCAGCAGUGCAGACAAUGCUGGCGAAACCACACCGGUGUCAUUCACCAGUUCUGACCCCACCAGCGAAGCCACACCAGCUUCUGUAGAUGCCCCAGCUUCCUCGGAUGCGCCAGCUUCCACGGAUGCGCCAGCUUCCACGGAUGCGCCAGCUUCUGCCGAUGCCCCAGCUUCUGCCGAUGCCCCAGCUUCUGCCGAUGCCCCAGCUUCUGCCGAUGCCCCAGCUUCUGCUGAUGCCCCAGCUGCUGCCGAUGCCCCAGCUGCUGCCGAUGCCCCAGCUUCUACAGAUGCCCCAGCUUCUGUCGAUGCCCCAGCUUCUGCCAAUGGCCCAGCUUCUGCCGAUGCCCCAGCUGCUGCCGAUGGCCCAGCUUCUGCCGAUGCCCCAGCUUCUGCUGAUGCCCCAGCUGCUGCCGAUGCCCCAGCUGCUGCCGAUGCCCCAGCUUCUGCCAAUGGCCCAGCUUCUGCCGAUGCCCCAGCUGCUGCCGAUGGCUCAGCUGCUGCCGAUGGCCCAGCUGCUGCCGAUUCCCCAGCUGCUGCCGAUGCCCCAGCUUCUAUGGAUGCCCCAGCUGCUGCCGAUGCCCCAGCUGCUGCCGAUGCCCCAGCCUCUACGGAUGCGCCAGCUGCUGCCGAUGCCCCAGCUUCUACGGAUGCCCCAGCUGCUGCCGAUGCCUCAGCUGCUGCCGAUUCCCCAGCUGCUGCCGAUGCCCCAGCUGCUGCCGAUGCCCCAGCUUCUGCCGAUGCCCCAGCUUCUGCCGAUGCCCCAGCUUCUGCUGAUGCCCCAGCGUCUGUAAAUGUCCCAGCUUCUGUCGAUGCCCCAGCUGCUGCCGAUGCCCCAGCCUCUAUGGGUGCCCCAGCUUCUGCCGAUGCCCCAGCUUCUGCCGAUGCCCCAGCUUCUGUCGGUGCUCCAGCUUCUACGGAUGCCCCAGCUUCUGUGGAUGCUCCAGCUUCUGCGGAUGUUCCAGCUUCUGCUGAUGCCCAAGCUUCUACUGAUACCAGCCCCACUAGUAUUGCUGGCGCUGAUUCUACAAAUGAAGGUGCUAUAAAUGAUGCAACUGCUAGUUCAGACACGCAAAGUAGUUCAGCAGCGUCUGGAAGCGAAGGUUCCGUUCAAUACGGAGAAAGUUCUGGGUCCAGUGACAUCACACCAGCUCAGCCAGCAUCAUCAGAGUUUACGACACCCGCCGCAGCCCCUUCACCAUCUCUUACCGAAGAGAAGUCCACCGAACAGGAAAGCAGUAGUGAAUCAAGUGCUAUGCAAGCAGCAGAGCAAGGAGCCGACCAAACAACUACAACGGCAGCAUCAGUGGCGCCAGAAGCUGUUUCGACAACUGUGGAGGGUGCGGCUAUGGCACCAUUCCCUACCGAUGCUGUGCCUUUCGGAGACAGCCAAUCAAGCACGCCAGCCCCGGCUGCCGAAGAACAUCCUCUUGGUGACGAGCCUCACCACGACGAAGGAGUGGCCGGUAAUACUGAAGCUCCUAAGCAGGAAGAAAAGCCAGUCACUGAUGCUCCAGCCUAUUCACCUGCGGAUGAGCACCCACUGGGUGACGCCCCAGUAGUCCCUGAUGCCAAGACUGAAGAAAAUGAAGCUGUACCACCCAUGGACAGCAAUGAAUCUGGCGCGCCACAGCAGGAUGAAAAAUCUAACGAUGUUUCAGACAGUGCUAGCCCCACUGGUUCAAUCACCCCAGCAGAUCAAGAAACUGCAACCGAUGCUUUUGGAGCUAGAAGUGGAACCGACAGCACUUCACCUGCGGCGCCAAAGAGUGAGGACACUACUGUUUCUGAAAACGUGGAACGCGAAGAACAUCCUGAAGGAGAGCCCGAUGCUACAAAUUCACAGCCAGCGGAAACAGCCACGACUACGACUGAAUCACCACAUUCUGUUGCGGAUGAUGACUCCAGCAGGACUCCAGUCAGUGAAACGCCAAUUGUGCCGGAGGAGGCGCAUACAGUAUCGCCAGACAACGAGGCAGAGAAGCCCGAAGCGUCCACCGAGCCUCCGCAGAAUGAUGCACCUCCACCAGAUAGCGCAGCUGCAGGUGACAGUGGUGCGCCACACGACGACGGCGUGGCUUCGGGAACCCCUAUACCACGAGCCGAAGGAAGUAGUGAUUUGCCACCUAUUGGGGCUGCUCCUGCGGCACCAGAACCAGAGCCACAACCUGCACCAGUGCCGAAGCCAAGCAAUGGCAAUGGAGGCCGCCAUGGUCACGGGCACGAGCACAAACCACACGUACACCACGAUUACGGAGGAAGAGUUCCUCCUUCGAUUGAGCAACUGCUCGCACAGCUGAGCCCGGACACAAGACGGCAGUAUGAGCUGGACCAUGGCAUUGUUUCCCCACAGUCCGGCUCUGGCAGUGACUCCCAGGGCUCGAAACCUAAUGAGGUGACGGAUGCCCCGAAGGCAACAGAAUUUCCUACUCGUUACACAACGACGCCGACUUCUGCGGGUGACAAUGGCCCUUCGAGUGGCAGCUCAGAUGGCUACAAGGGCGAUGAACCGUAUGAAGACGACAAGACUAAAUCGGGAGAUGCUACUGCAGUCAUGACGCACGACCCAAUCGUCCAGCUAGUGAAGACUGGCAUCCCCGACCUGCAUCUUGAAGGUGCAGAGCCCCACAGGGACAGAAGGCGUUCUCAACGGCGUGCUCACUGAGACGACUGGCAGUUGUAUGGCAUGGCCAAGUUUGUCGAUAAUCUAGGUUGUGAAGCUCCCGACAAUGUAAAGUAUAAGUGCACGACAAUGGACACUGCUGCCACGUAGUCGAACAAAUGGGUUGAUAACGUGACGACGGUGGGUUGGUGAAAUUUCCAGUGCGACAUUUACUAUGAUGAAUGUAAUUGAGCUUCACCCUUAGCAAUAAUGGAACAACGCUGUGAUCACUUAUUCUAAAACAUAAUAUUGAAAAUGUCAUAUAGGGAAAUGCAAGAAUCAUUUUCUAGCUUUAAACGAGAUAUGGCAUUACUUCAAGCAUUGAGAGAACUUUUGUAUUUCCCCAUUAGAAUACCUUCUGUAGACGAGGGCCCUCGUUGGGUUCAAGGAGGUUUUGGGUUACAGGGCUUCCCAACCUAGAGCACCGGUCAACUUGGGACGAUGCCUCACACAUACGGGGGACUGUGAUGCGCACAUCGGCGCCCUGAGUGUCGUCCAUCCAUUGUACAUACUCGCUGGGGUGUGGGUCACAAGCCGGGGGAACAAGUCGAGGCGCCACAUGUGCGUCUUGGCGUGGUGGCAGCUACAAAUUCUGCAUCGCAGAAAGAUGACACGCCAACAGGGACGAAGAAAAAGACAUGAUUGAGUGAAAAGCCAGUUAAUGUCUCAUAACCUUACACAUAAGGAGGACAUAAAUUUUGUGAGGCAAUCGAAUAAUCUUAUGCGAGCAAGCACUUGACAAUGACCUAGCACUUGAGGUCCCAACACUGGACUCUAUUAAUUUAACAAGCACUGCGAGUGGGUGCAGCUCGAACGCGAAACGUGCGUUCCUUGCGGCAUUAGACCGACCGCAGGUGGCAUUCUGAGGUCAAUAGUCAGAAAUCACGAAAUUAGUUACCUGCAAGCUUAGCAAUCUGGCAAUGAAAGUUAGACUAAGCUUCUCGGUAUAACACCACACAGCUAGAAUUGGCCAGCUAUUUCUGCGGCGAUAUUGCUUAUAGUCGGUUACUACUUAAGAAUAAAUGUAAGCUCCACCCACAAUCACCUCUGUUCCAGCCACGCAAAAUUGGCAUGUAUAAUUCAUCCAAUCGCAUUUACUCAUUUCUGUGACGUUAAAGAAUUCUUGAUGUGCUUCAUGCGUUUUUUUUUCUUAUACAGACACAUGUUCAUGUGGAUGAUUUUUGAGCUGGAAAACUUCUAGCAAACUUCAGCAACUAUUGCACAUAAUUGUUAGAGGAAACACUACAUUUUUGGUACGAAUGACGAACUGCUAGAUGUAAUUGUGCAUACACUAUAGUACUUACAUUAGCACCGGAAAGGUACAUAUGGACAAAAUAGAAACCACCUAGCACGCGACCCUCCAAUUGAUGAAAGGCACGUGGGUAACACUUCGGGGGGCGGAGCUUGUAAUUAUUUUAUUCGCUUUUAACCGACUAUAGCUCCACCGAACAGGACGAGCUACUGUGAAUGGCCGCAUCUUACUGAAGAGAAACCGAAAGGUCAUCGUACGUUUGUAUGAGUGAAGCCGGGUGAAACAUGCCUUAACGCCAAGUGCAAUUGACGAGAUAUACCAGCGCGACACUUAGCUCAAAUGAGACGAAGGUGGCUGGACGUCUUUCUGCGGUGACUCGCUUAGGGGCACAGUCGGGGGGUCUGGAGGCAUCCUGUGUCUACACUUUUCAUCCGUUAUUACUAUUUUCCUUUUAUAUUAUUAUUAUUAUUGUUUUACAUGGUUCGAUCAUCCACUGUUCGGCGAGGCUGGUUAUGUAUUAUUGGUGUGAUGUUGCCAAUAAACACCUUUCUGAACGGUUUUGUUAAAGAAAAAAA